GAGCUUUUGAAGAUGAUGAUAUCACUCAUGUUGAAGGAAGUGUAGAUCCUGUUCGUGACAUUGAAAUAAUACAUGAGGAACUUAGACUUAAAGAUGAGGAGCUUAUCAUGCAGAGUAUAGACAAGCUUGAAAAAGUAGCUGUAAGAGGAGGAGACAAGAAAUUAAAACCUGAAUAUGACGUAAUGUGCAAAAUCAAGACAUGGGUAAUAGAUGAAAAGAAAGCUGUCCGCUUCUAUCAUGAUUGGAAUGACAAAGAGAUUGAUGUUUUGAACAAACAUUUGUUUUUUACUUCAAAACCGAUGAUCUACUUGGUUAACCUCUCUGAAAAAGACUACAUUAGAAAGAAAAACAAGUGGUUGAUAAAAAUUAAAGAGUGGGUGGACAAGCACGACCCGGGUGCUUUGGUCAUUCCUUUUAGUGGGGCCUUGGAACUCAAGUUGCAAGAUAUGAGUGCUGAGGAGAAACAGAAGUAUCUGGAAGAGAACAUGACACAAAGUGCUUUAGCAAAGAUCAUUAAGGCUGGAUAUGCAGCACUCCAACUAGAAUACUUUUUCACUGCAGGCCCAGAUGAAGUGCGUGCAUGGACCAUCAGGAAAGGGACGAAGGCUCCUCAGGCAGCAGGGAAGAUUCACACAGAUUUUGAAAAGGGAUUCAUUAUGGCUGAAGUAAUGAAAUAUGAAGAUUUUAAAGAAGGAGGUUCAGAAGCUGCUGUCAAGGCUGCUGGAAAAUACAGACAGCAAGGCAGAAAUUACAUAGUGGAGGAUGGAGAUAUUAUCUUCUUUAAGUUUAAUACACCUCAACAACCCAAGAAGAAAUGAAUAUCAGAUGUUGUCCAUUGCUGAGAAAUAAACUGUGCUGCUUCAAAAAACAUAAGAAUUUUUAUUUAGGAUGGAAUAUCUGGAAACAAAAAGCAUACAGUUUCUACCUAGGGAACUUCCCCUCCCCCCAGUGAAAUUAUUCUUGUUUGUUUUGAAUUAAAAUAUGGCACCUCCAGCAAACAUGCAAGUUCACUAAAUGUGAACAGCUUUGCAUUUCAAACGAUUAAGACCCUACUCCAAAUUGUAGAAGCUUUUCAGGAACCAUAUUACUCUCAUGAUACUUCAUUAAUCUCCAUCAUGUAUGCCAAGCCUGACACGUUUGACAGUGAGGACAAUGUGGCUUGCUCCUUUUUGAAUCUACAGAUAAUGCAUGUUUUACAGUACUCCAGAUGUCUACACUCAAUAAAACAUUUGACAAAACCA